GUAGACCAGAAUGGAAUGACCAGAGGCGGAGUCUGUUCGUCUGCUCCUCCCCGUUGUGCCAGCCUGCGUCCGGGGACCAAUCAGGGCCACUUUGAGAUGGCGUGCAUGGAGCGGACUCUGGUGCAGGUGCAGCGCAUGCACACACACCUGUGCCAACAGCUGGAGAGGGCACAGAGUCAUCUGGCGUCGCCCCCCACCAGCCGCUACCACAACACACUCACACCCCUGCCCAGGACAUGGACCACACACACACCACCCAUCAAAGUUGAGCGCAUCCCAGAGGUGGUGGAGUACGGUGGUGGCGGCGGCCUGGCGCUCUCUCGGAGCUGCGGCGGAAGUCACACGGUCACGUACCCGCAGCGGCGAUACACACGCCUGCAGAACAUCACACACCUCAUCCAGGCCGAGGACGAGGAGAGCAUCAGCACGCUGCGCAUCCAGCCAGAGGAGGUGGAUAUUCUAGGACUGGAUGGUCACAUCUAUAAGGGUCGUUUGAACACGCUGAGCUCACGCCCCAUCAAGAGCCUCGAACAGAGACUCCCCGUCAUCAACCCAAAAGAAGGUAAAGGCACUAUGAAACACAAGUUGACGGUGUCUCCUAAGAAUGCUGGAGAUCUGGGCCGAGUGACGCCCAUUAGACCUCAGAGUGCCAAAACUCAACACUGCCGCUCAGCCUCCAGCACCACUACGAAGGACCGCCCCCUCUCCUCCAUUGGCUGCGGGUCACGAGACACGGACCAACCACAGCGCCCCCUGCAGCUGACCGUGGAUCUCACCCAAUCAGAGGACGAGCCGGUGACAUCACUGUAGAGGCCCGGCCAAUCGGAUUUGCAGGAUUUUCUUAUUAUGAUAAUUAUAAUAAAGAUGUUUACAGCAGUA